CCUUGUCAGAAUUGUGUCUUGUAGUGUGUGUGUCAUCCCGUGUAUAACAUGUUUCAUCAAAACAAACCGAACCACAAGAAAUGUAGAUAAGAUUUCUAAACACGAUCAUCUUUGCGGUCGUUAUUAGGCCAUACGCACGUUAUCAGUUUAAACCGUUGGCAAAACAUAAAACCAUAAAGCAACAUCAAUCAAAUCACCACAAAUCGCAGAUCAGUGUGCGGUUUAGCGGGUGGUACGAUCAGCCGUGAAAUGAUAAGCUAAGCCUGUUGUUAUCUGACCAACAACAACAAAAAAGAGACUAAAUCCCAAAUCCAGAUCAGAUGUACAGAGCGAGAAGAUUCUUCGCAUAGGAAGGGGAAUAUGGAAGCGUCACAACCAUAGGGAAACAGAACUGCACCUCGCAUCGUUUGUCCUUGGACGAGCGCAGUUUUUAUAAAGACAGCAUAUCACGCGAAAAUGGUUAUCGCAUUCAGUUACCAGCACUCGUUCGCCGUCGAAGGAUCUUUAGUUUGCGUUUACAGCGCGCUAGAAGGUCGCCCGUUCUGUGACGAUCGCUUCUUGUGUGCUCUGUAGUGUUUCAUUCCAUUGAGUCAGUUGAGCAUUGGAACCGAUCGAAGACGAUUGUGCCGAAAAAUAUUGCAUCCCUUUGGCAAAUAAAUUGCCCUCAAUUAAUGUGAUCUUGACCGCUGUGAUACGUUGGUAUAGUUUUGUUCGUACGGUGAAGCGUAGAGUUUGUUUGUUUGAACGCCAUGUCAUCGGCCACUACCGUAACCCUGUCGGAAACGGAUAAGAAACUGACCCAGUUUCGAAACUGUCGCGUACUACGCAAUCAUCGGCUGGUGCAGGACGAUGUUUGGGUGCGCGGUGGCAAGAUCAUCGAUCCGGAGAAAGUAUUCUUCGACGAAAAGUUACAGGCGGACGAACAGAUCGAUUGUCACGGCUGUAUCGUUGCACCCGGAUUUAUCGAUCUACAGAUUAACGGUGGAUAUGGGGUGGACUUUUCGUUUGAUGUUGAAACCGUCGAGGAAGGCGUGCUGAAGGUGGCCAAAGGCCUGUUAGCUCAUGGUGUCACAUCGUUUUGUCCGACGCUGGUUACUUCGCCAUCAGAAACGUAUCAUUCAGUUCUACCUCGUAUUCCGCGCACUGCUGGCGGACGACAUGGAGCUACCGUGUUGGGUUGCCACGUGGAGGGUCCGUUUAUUAACACCAACAAAAAAGGAGCUCAUCCACCGGAAUGUAUCAAAGAGUUUGACCAGGGUAUCGUGACGGUGCGUGAUGUUUACGGUUCGAUGGACAACGUGCAGAUAAUAACGCUCGCACCGGAGAAGGCCGGUGCUACGGAAGUAAUACAGGAACUGAGCAACAAUGGAAUCACGGUUUCAGUUGGCCACUCGAUGGCUAAUCUGAGCGAUGGCGAGAUUGCGGUACAGCACGGUGCAAGGCUUAUCACGCACCUAUUCAACGCAAUGCUACCGUUUCAUCAUCGCGAUCCGGGCCUGGUGGGGUUGCUGACAACCGAUAACAUUCCACACGAUGCGCUCGUGUACUUUGGCAUAAUUUCCGAUGGUGUCCAUACGCAUCCGGCAGCAUUGCGUAUCGCAUACAAAACGCAUCCGGCCGGAUUGAUCCUGGUGACGGAUGCCAUUUCGGCUAUGGGACUAGCCGAAGGACGCCAUCGUAUCGGGCAGAUGGAGAUCGAAAUUCGAGCUGGGCGAGCGUAUGUCGCCGGAACAAACACACUGUGCGGUAGCAUUGCACCGAUGGAUGAGUGUAUCCGUUUCUUCAAAAAGGCUUCCAAUUGCACUAUUGAAUACGCAUUGGAAGCCGCAUCUCUUCAUCCUGCUCGGUGUAUUGCGAUUGAGAAGCGCAAGGGAACGCUGGACUACGGCGCGGAUGCUGAUUUUGUGCUGCUGGAUGAUAAUUUGAAUGUGCAAUCUACAUGGAUUGCGGGAGAGUGUGUCUAUCAAGGCGAAGAAGUAGUCUCAAAUGCUUUGUAGAAGCGUGCCGGUGCCAAUCGUCAUUUAAAUAAAAGGAAAUUUAUUAACAAAAUAUAAAAAUAGGUCUUGCUGCGGAAUAUUAUUAAUUUUUUGGUUAAUAUCACAUGCGAACGUGCUGGAUAAAACAAAUGAAAUUGAAAAAUUUGUAUUAUUUCAUCCCAAGGUUAAUACA